CCGAAUUUGCAAACGAAAAGCACGUCAACGAUAGAGCUUCUCUCUUUUGACAGUUACGCCUAAACCCUUCAAAGCGAGAGAUAGGAGAAUGGCGAGCGAGGAAGAGAGCGCAGUGAAAGAGCCAUUGGAUCUCAUUAGACUCAGUCUUGAUGAGCGCAUCUACGUCAAGCUCCGCUCUGAACGUGAGCUCCGCGGCAAGCUCCAUGCAUAUGAUCAGCAUCUAAAUAUGAUUCUUGGGGAUGUUGAAGAAAUUGUUACUUCAGUAGAAAUUGAUGAUGAAACUUAUGAAGAGAUUGUUCGGCAUGAGGUACUAGUGCAUGCAGUUGGCGAUCAUGGCUAUUGGCUAAGCAACUUUGGGCAAGUAACACUACAAUUUUUAGCCAUUAUCAAUGCCUACAAUGUGGGAAGCCUCAAAUUCACUGUGGAGACCUUUGGACCACAAGGCGCACAGUUCCAUUCCUCUUUGUCCGAGGAGAUGGUGUUAUAUUGGUUUCUCCACCAUUGAGGACAGCUUAAUUGGAGGGUGGAGUUCAAGAUGCAGUCUUCAGUAAGAUGUUACCAGCUUUCACAUUUAAUCUUACACUGGUAUGUUUGUAUCUGCAGAUCUGUUCAUGAAUAUUGUGGGAUAAUAGCCCACUUUUUCAGACCAUCAUGUAAUUGCUGUGAAUUUGGAUAAUUUGUAUUGGUUACCAUGGCAAAUCUUUUUGUUCUAGAAACCUUAUGUCAAAUGAAGGAGAUAUUACAAAAAUUCAA